GUUUUUAAGAAGAAAAGUGGUUACGAGUGUUGAGUAUCGAGAAGUGAAGCUGUUCUGGGUAGCGUCUCAGUUUUUUACCAGUCACUUGUGUAGCUCUUUGGUUUGCCAUCUUUCAACCUGCAUUUGUCUUGAAACGGAUUUGGCAUCGACAUUCGAUCAGUUUAGGUGCUCAUAAAUUAAGGUAUCUCAACAAUGCCGCGUCCGUUUGCAUCUGGAAGUCGACAGGCUCCUGAUCCCUACGAUCAGUUCCUUGAACAAAGAGGAUUUUAUAGGAAGCACACUGCUCGAGAUUCUUCAUGUCUAUUCCGUUCGAUUUCGGAACAGAUGUAUGAUACUCAAUUGCAUCACUUAAUAAUUCGCCAGAGAUGUGUUGAUUACAUGAGAAAGUGUAAAUCUCUUUUCCAAAAGGGCAUUGAUAAAGAUAUUGAUGAGUAUUUGGAUGAAAUGUCAAAGCCGAAAACAUAUGGAACACUUAUGGAACUACGGGCCAUUGCGUACAUGUAUAGGCGAAAUGUUAUAUUAUUCGAAGCUUAUAAUACUGGAACACAUUUGAUCAAAGAAAAUAAUUUUGAACAAGUUUUCCGUGUAUUUUUCACCCCGGAGAGACAUUUUGAUACAGUUUUUACUUCUGGUUUCAUAGAAACCGCGGCAUUUUGCCAAGGGGUUUGCUACGAAAUACUUUAUAAACAUGUUUUCAAAUUGCCUGAUGUGAUGUAUGCUGUGGAGCAAAUGUUGCAUGGAAAUACGUUGGAGUUUGUUAAAUCUAAGACACAUUAUAUUGGGCCAUAUCCGAGAAAAAUAGUUUAUGCGGACGGUCGGGGAUUUGAUUUGGAUACUGCCGAGGAGACGAAUUGCAUAUUGGACAACCGUAUUCUCUGUCACUUCCAUAAUCCGAAUUUCCCCCAAUUUGCUGACAACUUGCACCAUGACAUGCAUUUAAUAGAAGCUGCUCAAUAUGAUAAUCAGAAAAUCACGAAAACACUUGACUCUUUAUUACCUGAAAAAUAUAUUUCGUGUGUUCAGCAACUACUGAAAGACGGAAUAACCCCAUUUCCGUACAAAGUAGCAAAGGCAUUGGAUCCCGAUAUAUAUCGUAAUAUUGAAUUUGAUGCAUGGAGCGAACAACGAAAAGAGCAGCGCUUUAAGAAUUGGUAUACGGGAGGGUCUAAUCUGCAGAUUGGUGUGAAAUGCCUGGUGAAAUUGGGGUCGUCGCAAAGUAAUCUCUACAAUUGUCACAUCCAAGAUAUGUCUCCCGAGAAAGGACCAUGUCUUGUCUAUAUUGAAGAGCUGGCUCAGAAGCAUACGGUUCCAUAUGAAUCGUUACAACCGUUACCGUCAGAGCUUGCUAAGCCAUGGCCGCUGCCAUUCCGGUAUCAAAAACAUAUUGAUAGAUGUCCGGAAAAAAUUGGUUCAAAUGAUGGAAAAAAGUGCCGUAAAUUGAAUGGAAAAAGCAGAUACCGCGAACUCAUCUCUACUAUCAAAAAGGAAAUUUACACAGAAGACGAGAUCACAUCAAGCAAAGAGGAUGUUUCUUAUCAGCUGAAGCAAUUCACGUCGAUACAGCAUUACUAUCCACAGUCGUACGAGAUGAUAACGAUGCCGUUCAAUGUUGAUCACUCUAACAAUGGUGAUAAUAGCCGACAGUCGCGACGCAAUAGCGCGAACUCAGCCUUAUCUCACUUAACUAGUGGCACCGACACUAAACGCGAUUCAAAGAAAGAAGAUGAAAAAGACUUGGAUUUUGAUUCAAGUGAUCACUUUGCGGCGUAUGGACAUGAAGGAUACCCGGAUUCGUUUUAUGCUUAUCCUUACGAAAAUGGUGUAAUCCAUGCAGGCUCUCAUAAUCCUUUCUAUUGCAUGUAUAAUAGUCAACCAUUCCCGACUCCGCCAGGCCCAGUGGUUCCUCAUGGCGUUUACGUUCAGCCGGCGUCAUCAGGCUCUCAGCCAGUCUCCAGUGCAUAUUUUCCUACAUUGGGAACCCUUCCUCCACCGCCACCACCAAUUUUUUCGGCUAUGACAUCAACUUCGUCGAAUACUAUGACAACUUCUAAUGUAUGUCGGCAUCAUACACUGUCUGCACUUCCAGGGCGAGUUAAUUUUGCAGCAACACGUUCUAUUUUACCAUCAGGGGAUGAUUUGCCUCAGGAUAUACCUACAUUACGGUUCUUCUAUAAUUUAGGCUUUGAUUAUUUUCAAAUGCAGAAAACAACAGAAGCGAACUCUACUAGCGAGAAGAACGAUGCGGUAAAUAGAUUGGCAACCGAUUUACAGACAAAUGUCAAAUUCGAUAAGGAGAAUUCUAUUGGAAGCUCAAUUAAACUCGAUCAUAAUCACAAUGCCAAUCAAACAAAUACUCAUCAUAGCACAAAGAGGUUUUCCUCGCGCUAUUUCAAUAGCAAGCGGAAUGAAAAACAUACUCCUAGAUCAGGUGCUAGUAGUGUUACGAACAUACAACGGUCCAGUCACGUAGAUUUACCAGGGAAACAGAAUAAUACUGCAGUCACUAAAAACAAUCCGGCAAUUUCUGGGUCUGCAGCAAUUGGGGUCAGCAGUCAUAGCAAAGUGUCUGCAGCCAAUACCACUGCAAACAAUUCAUCCGAACAAACCAUUCAGACGAGUCCCACUUCGACAUUGAUAACUACUGAAACAUGGAGCAAUGAUUUUAUGAAUAAUUCACCACUAUAUAGUACACAGGCUGGACCAAUGUCUUAUAGUGGACCUUGUGUGCCAUUGUAUCCAGAUAAUGAAUCACAGCAAGGUGUUUAUGUGCAAACACCAACUAUAAUGACUGUGCCAUACGGAAUGUACCCAAUUCCCCAAGCACCUCAUCCUGGUCCAACAUUCCAGGCUUAUUUGCCACCACCUAAUUCACUGCCGAUGAUUCCACCACCACCGCCAGCUUUCCAACCCAACCCAUUUAUGGCUUCCGGAAACAUCAGUGACCCAACACCAGUUGUAGUUAAUGCGGAUUCAGUCGAUAAUGGAUCUUAUGCGUUCAUGGGAUACCCAUCAAUUUACUACUCUCCCACGAGCAAUGGAAAUGGGAUGCCAGCAACUGGAACAUCGCUGCAACCGGCGUACUGGUAUCCGGCUGGUCCUCCAUUGACAACUAGUGUUACACCCGCAGCAACUCCAAAUAAUAAUGCAACAUCGACGCCGUCAGCUACGUCAGCUAUCAGUGUUUCAUCACGUUAAUUAUGUGUUAAUUUUUGAAUAUGAUGAAUUGUUCACUCGAUCGUAUUCAACAUCUCAUUACAUUUGGUAGGCAUUUAAAGUAGGCGAAUAUUUUUGAUGUUGCUUUUAUUUAAACUAUUUGAUCUGACGCUUGAUUUUAUAAAAGUUUAUUGUAUCCGUAAUUUUACUGUUAGGAAGCGAGGCGUGAAUAAUAAACUAUUUAACACCACAGUUAGCUGAAAUACAGAAGCUAUCCUCACUUUCAACUUUCUCGUAUGACGAAAUAUAUGAAUUUGAGAGGACAUAUCUCAGAGAAUGUCAGACCACCAAGAUUACAAAAUGUAAACAAAAAUUUCUAAAUAUAAAACUUUCAGAACCAG